GAGCCAUCGACGAAAUGGACACAGCGGCUGAGUAUUAAUAUUCUAAUUAGCUCUUUUGACAAGCCAACGGGGAAUUCGGUGACUCCUGUCGAAGUAACUAAAGCAUUAUAGCAUAUUUACUACGUUUUCACCAUGUCGAUUAAACCUGAAAAACAGGAAGUCAGCGAUAACGUCAAGGUGGUAGUGAGAUGUCGCCCCCUCAACCAGAGGGAGAAGAUGAUGGGAUUCAAACCGGCCGUCACCGUGGACGAGAUCCGUGGAACCAUCACGGUUAACAAACUGGAGUCGGCUCAGGAGCCUCCAAAAACAUUCACCUUUGACACCGUGUUUGGGCCCGACAGCAAACAGCUGGAUGUGUACAAUCUCACAGCCCGCCCCAUCGUAGACUCAGUACUUGAAGGAUAUAAUGGCACAAUUUUUGCAUACGGUCAAACUGGGACGGGAAAAACGUUCACGAUGGAAGGUGUGAGAGCAGUGCCAGAACUCCGAGGGAUAAUCCCAAAUUCCUUCGCUCACAUUUUUGGUCACAUCGCCAAGGCCGAGGGUCAUACCAGAUUUUUAGUUCGUGUGUCUUACUUGGAAAUAUACAAUGAGGAAGUCCGGGACUUGUUGGGCAAAGACCAAAUGCAAAGGCUUGAGGUAAAAGAAAGACCCGAUAUAGGUGUCUACAUCAAGGACCUGUCUAGCUAUUCGGCGCAAAAUGCUGAUGACAUGGACAGGAUCAUGACAAUGGGCCAUAAGAACCGAUCUGUUGGGGCUACAAACAUGAAUGAACACAGCUCCCGUUCUCAUGCUAUUUUCACCGUCACUAUCGAGUACACGGAGAAGGGGCUGGAUGGAAACCAACAUGUUCGAAUGGGAAAGCUGCACCUGGUUGAUCUGGCAGGUUCAGAGAGGCAGGGUAAAACCGGAGCCACAGGUCAGCGGUUGAAGGAGGCAACAAAAAUCAACCUCUCCCUCUCCACACUGGGGAACGUUAUCUCAGCUCUGGUAGACGGCAAGAGCACUCAUGUUCCCUACAGGAACUCCAAGCUGACCCGCCUGCUUCAAGAUUCACUCGGAGGGAACUCCAAGACUAUGAUGUGUGCAAACAUCGGUCCUGCAGACUACAAUUAUGAUGAGACCAUAAGCACCCUGCGCUAUGCUAACAGGGCUAAAAACAUCAAAAACAAAGCCAGGAUCAAUGAGGAUCCCAAAGAUGCUCUGAUACGACAGUUUCAGCAACAGAUUGUGGACCUUAGGAAACAACUGGAAGAGGGCGAAGAGAUCUCUGGAUCAGAGGGCAGUGGGUCUGAGGAGAUGGAUGAAGGUGAUGAUGAAGCUGGAGAGCAUGGAGAACGCCACCGGAGAAGAAAGGAAGAGAGAGGAAGGAAGAAGGUCUCUCCGGACAAAAUGGUUGAGAUGCAGGCGAAGAUUGAUGAAGAAAGAAAAGCUUUGGAGGCCAAGCUCGACAUGGAGGAGGAGGAACGAAACAAGGCACGAGCAGAGCUGGAAAAAAGAGAGAAUGACCUUAUUAAGGCUCAGCAGGAACGCCAACUGCUACGAGAGAAAUUAUCUGCCUUGGAGAAGAAGGUGAUCGUGGGUGGAGUGGAUCUUCUGGCCAAAGCUGAAGAGCAGGAGAAACUCUUAGAGGAGUCAAACAAUGAGCUCGAAGAACGCCGCAGGAGAGCCGAGCAGCUUCGUAAGGAACUUGAGGAGAAAGAGCAAGAGCGUCUAGACAUAGAAGAGAAGUACACCAGCCUGCAGGAAGAGGCUCAAGGAAAGACCAAAAAGCUGAAGAAAGUCUGGACCAUGCUGAUGGCUGCCAAAUCCGAAAUGGCAGAUCUCCAGCAAGAGAAUAACAGAGAGAUUGAGGGUCUGCUUGAAAACAUCCGCCAGCUGAGCCAGGAGCUCAGGUUUCAGAUGCAUAUCAUAGAUAAUUUUAUUCCCCAGGAAUAUCAGGAAAUGAUAGAGAAUAAUGUGUACUGGAAUGAAGACAUUGGAGAGUGGCAGCUGAAAUGUGUGGCUUUCACUGGCAACAACAUGAAAAAACAAAACCCCGCCCAAGACAAAAAAGAAAAGGAUCCGUUCGAGGUGGAUUUGAGCCAUGUGUACUUAGCCUACACAAAGGAGAGCCUGCAGCAGUCGCUGAUGAAGCAGGAAAGGCCCAAAACUUCUAAAAGUAGCAAGAGCGGCCGGCCGAAAACUGGGAGAAGGAAAAGGUCUUCAAAGCCAGAGGCUGUGAUCGAAUCCCUUCUACAAUGAGGACCGUUGAAGGGAGGACUCCAUUUCACUGCAACUCUCAAGUUGUCUGAUAGUUAGUUAGUUAGCCUGUUAGUCUGGUUUUUGCUUGAACACUAUUUAUAGCAAAUAUUGUUUACAUUUUUUUUGUUACCGUUCGAUUGUUCAUAGUACUUUUCUCCACACGAACAAUUUUGCCUACAAAGAGCUGGUUGAGAACUUUUUGUUGCAGUUCAACAAAAAUAGCUUUUAAUAUUGUCUGAUUUCUAUUAAUAGAUAUAUUAAACAGCUGUUUAAACUUUACAAAAAAUGUUCUUGUUCUGCACAUACGCUCUCCCUCCUUGAUAGGUUACUGUUUGUUCAAAGCACUAAAGCUUGUAUGACUGAAAGUUACUUGUGUUUUGAUAAAAAAUGCAAGACUACAGAUAGAACAAAGAGUUUUGGGGGGAAAAAACGUGUAAAUAUUUGAACAUAUGAAGAUAACUGUCAAUUUCAUUUCCAGUUAAUUAUAUUUUUGUUUGUUUGUGAGAAGUCAGAACCUUUUUUUGUAAGUUGUGGUUUCCUUGUUUUCCCACUUAAAUGUGCAUCUAAAACUAUAUACACUACUCAAAAAAUAAAGGGAGCAUCUAAACAAUUCGGUGUUACAAGUCCAUCACACUUCUGUGUAAUUAAACUGUCCAAUUAGGAAGGAAAACUGACUGAUAUUCAAUUGUGCAUGUUUUUGUGAAAGUGGAAUAGACAACAAGUGGAAAUAGACAAUCAGCAAGACACGUCCAAUAAAGGAGCGGUUCUGCAAGUGCUGACCACAGA